GCCUUUGACCACUGUUUGACAGCAGUGGAAGACAUCGCUGGACUCAACGGUUACCACCACUGGAGAGACAAGUGGGAGCAGUUUGACAAGAACUACCUGAGCAAGCUGCUGCUACGCAAGUCUGUGUACCGGAAGAGCGAGCUGUGGGAAGUCUAUCAGAAAAUCAACAUUAGAGAUGCCAUCAGUGUUAUAGACCAGGGUGGCAACGUGCUGACCUCUGCCAGGCUCUCUCUGCCCUCCAUGGCCUCCAGGGCAUCUUUCCCAGAGGUCACCAACGUCACCAACUACCUGAGGGAGAACGGUAGUGGAGUCUGUCUGGACCUCCAGGUGAUUGACAACGUGCCGGGAGCCAAGGUGGAGGAGGAGUCAGAAACGCAUCACUUCCUGGCUGGGAACCUGUACAAGCCCAGGAGACGGUACCAGUCCCACUACAGCAGACACUUCAUGACAGUGGGGGACCACGAGCGUCAGGACAGAGAGAUCUUCCAGAGAAAUAUGAAGAGUCGCAUGGAGACAUUCAAGACCACCCGACACAAACGCCACAGCCACAAGAAGGACCGCAGCCAGAAAAAGCGGAGAGGCUCAGACGUUAAAGAACAGGACCUCAACGACAAACCUCGACGGAACGUCAGCUGGCAAGACAAAGAUCCUGUGGUGGUGCCAGUGGAGUCGGACGAUGAGAAGGGGGGGCACUUGGAGCCAGAGAAGGAGGAGGACGUUGGCAUCACCUUUGUGGCUCGACAGAUUCCAGACACGCCCAAAGAACGACCCAAAUCUGUCCCGGCUGGUCUGGAGGGCCCCUCCGUGGCCCCGCCGUCCCCCACCUGCAGUGAGAGGAACCUGCCCUGGAAGGGCGGCAUUGGAACCCUGCCGGUGUGUGUUUCCAUGGAGGCUACUAAGAUCAUCCCCAUAGACCUGCAACAGGCCUGGAACCAGAGCAUCUCCUCCUUAGAGAGCCUGGCCUCCCCGCCGGGCCCCGUGGAGCCCUUACACCCCCGCGUCAGCGCCCUCUCCAGGCUGGGAGGGCCCCGUCCUGUCUCAUACUCUGGUAGUGGAGUUAGUGGGUCUGCUUUUGGAUCCAGAGGGGCUGGGUCAAUAGUGGCUCAGGGCAUCGCACGGUUUGAGUUCCCUCCGGGAGGAGAGGAGAAGGAGGAGGAGGACGACGGGGCCUCGUCUGACCAGGAGCAGGAGCUGCAGCCCCUCAUGUCAUCCUCUGUGAGGCCCCCUGGUCCCCCGCCCCCUCCCCCCCUGACCCAGGGUCUAGGGCGGAGGAGGAACCCCUGUGUGUACCUGAGGAGCCUGGUCACAGCGCCCCCUCCUGACAGUGAGCCGCGGGCGCGCAGCAGAGGGCCCACUCAGCUGUAAAUGGCUCCAACUACAUCUCUGGUUACAGUUUGCCCCGUCGGCGCAGAUCUAGGAUCAGCUUACUCAACCAAGUCCCUAACCAAUACCACUAGGGAGAACAACACAAGACUGAUUUCAGAUCAGCUUUUAUGGGCAAUCACAUUCCUCACUGCCUCACACACUCAACACCAAUAACACACACACACACACCAGCUCAGGCCGUCCAACCCCUCAGCUCUGCUACUUCUCCCUCCAGAUGACGAGUCUUCAUCUACUUCAAUAACUCUGGAUCCACCGUCUCUAUAGAUUCAGACAUUAUAAACACACACACCAGCUCAGGCCGUCCAACCCCUCAGCUCUGCUACUUCUCCCUCCAGAUGACGAGUCUUCAUCUCCUUCAAUAACUCUGGAUCCACCGUCUCUAUAGAUUCAGACGUACAUUAUAAACACACACAGGAUGUUGGACUAAUACAGCGAUGAUGAUAUUGAGGAAGUAUAAUGAGCAUCCCAAAAUAGCACCCUAUUCCCUAUAUAGUGCACUACUUUAGACCAGAGCCCUAUGGAACCCUAUU